UUCACAUAAGUAAUUGUCCAUUUAUUGCGAUAAAUACUUUACUUAUCUCACAUAUUUACAAGUUGAAAUUUCUUUACUAUCUAACAUGAUAUGUUCUUUUUAAACUUUCAAUUGAAAUUAAAGCUUGAAAUAGAAGGACCAUAGUUUGAUCGAUAUUUGUAAACCACAAAGUUAUCCACAUAUGAUUGCAGAGUAUGUGACGCAUUUGUCGUGUUGGUAAUACUCGUGACUGCCAAACUCUAAGAUUUGAUUCUUUCAAAUUAUUUGGAAACGAUCCUCGCAGAAACUAAUGAGACACUAAAACUUAAUUUAUGGAAACACAAUGUUUGUUGGUGGGCAUGGCUUGAACGUAUUUGGUGCUUCUAAACAACAAAAUGUUCCAUCAACAGUAACGACUACUCUGCAUCGACACAGAGGAAGCAUGACAAAACUCCAGUUUCUGGGGAGCUUAGUAGAGGAUGCUCAGAAGAGAAAACAAGCAGAAUCCAAAAGACAAGUAAAAGGCAUUCUGAAAAAUGCCAUAAGUAUGCCAAAUCUUGCCGAGAACAGUAAUAAUCCAAAGAUUGAUCAUAAACAACUGCGAAAUGUUAUCAAAAGACAAAAGCUGGGGAUUAAAGAAUUCGGACCAAUUAGAGCUGUGAAAAAAACAGUAAAAUUCAAUGACCCUGUUGGUCGCCUUGGUCAAAUAGAAUCAAAAUAUAAAUUGUGUUCCGAGAUUAAUUCAGACGAAUGUUCAGUAAGAAAGAACAAAAAAAUUCAACAAAUUUCUUUGCGAAAUGCUCAAAACGACGACAAACAAGACAGUUCUAAUUUAUUAGUUACUGUUGUGUAUGACUUAAAACUGAAGGAUAAUAAACUAAUAACAAACAAAGACAGUACAAAAACCAACAACGAUAAUGAAAAAGCAGAAACUCAUGGCGACACCAAUAAUGUAGACAUUUGCAGUCAGGAUGUGACUCGAAACAAACUUUCAGAUGAACCCAGCAAGAGGGAAUCAUUUGAUAACGGACAUGCUCAAAAUGGCGAAUCAUUUUUAUCGCAUACUGUUAUUGCCCCGUUUCUUCAUCCGGGGGAAAAACUCAAUAACACCGGUAACCAGUACAUAAAACAAACUCCAGUCACAGAAGAAUCGUCGAACUUAAAACAAAGUGUCACCAAACCAAAAGACAGUGUUGUUGUCAUGCGAUCACGUGCUAAACCGGUGAUGUUUACUCGUUGUGUUAACAAUUCAAUCCCAAUUGCAGACGAUCCGGUUCAUAAUACAACAAACUUUUGUGACGAAGAAAAGACUUCUCAUAUCAUGCAGUGGCUUAACGACGUUAAAAAUGAACAAGAACGAGAGGGGUUUUGUACUCUUUUAAUGUCAGACGGUGAAAUCAAGUAUUAAAAUAAAACUAUUUAUGCUUUGUAU